CGUGUUAGUCACGUUAUCUUAAAAAAAAAAAAAUCUUUAUUACCACAGGUGUAGGAGUAGAACUAAUAAUAAAAAGUAAAUCCGUUUAAAGGAAUUCAUAUUUAGUUUAAAUCUACACCACAACUGCACUACAAAUACUGAUGUACACAAUACGGGUUUAAUCCAGGCCAUCUGUCAAAGCCGUUCACUUUGCUCAUCAGUCCAUCUAAGCGUCAUAUUCCCAGCCUAAACGUUUUUGUAGGUUGUAUAGAAGCACUACCUUAAAUUAAACUACCAGGGAUUAAAAUUACCCCAUAAAGACAAGUGAAUGUUUUUAAACGGAUAAUAACAGUGUUCAGGCAGCAGCCAAUGCCCACAGAAUGAAACCAAACUUUACAAGCGAUCUGCCAUCACAGCAAACAGGUUUUUCCAUCUUCACCAGGUGCGUUCGUGCCGCCGCUGAUAUGCUCCACAUGGCAUUUCGGGGUGUGCAGCGUCGGGUGUCCUCGGGCUCAACGUGUUCUGCGCUCCACGCAUGCGGAGUUUACGUGCUUGCGGAAGCUGCGGAAUCGCCCCAAGCCUGCGCCCGUGCUCCUUCACUGCCUCUGCUGCCUGCAGACAAGCAGUGUGCUCCUGGCAGAAAACCUGCAUUUACACAACCCAGGACAAGACCAAAUUAAAAACUCCAACGAAUAUCAUGGCCUCAGUCAUGGAGAAACUCCUUACUCCUGUGGCCAGUGAUGCCUGCGAGUUGCCCACCAACAAGGUGACUGUGGUGGGUGUAGGUCAGGUGGGCAUGGCCUGUGCAGUCAGCAUCCUGCUCCGGGAUCUAUGUGAGGAGCUUGCACUGGUCGAUGUGAUUGAAGACAAGCUGAAAGGAGAGAUGAUGGACCUGCAGCACGGCAGCCUCUUCCUGAAGACCCACAAGAUCACUGCUGACAAAGACUACUCGGUCACCGCGAACUCUCGCAUCGUGGUGGUGACAGCGGGGGUCCGCCAGCAGGAGGGCGAGAGCCGACUCAACCUGGUGCAGAGAAACGUGAACAUCUUCAAGCACAUCAUCCCUCAGCUGGUGAAGUACAGUCCCCACUGCGUCCUUGUCGUGGUGUCUAACCCAGUGGAUGUCCUGACCUACGUGACGUGGAAACUGAGCGGGCUGCCCAAGCACCGCGUCAUUGGCAGUGGCACCAACCUGGACUCUGCCCGCUUCCGCUUCCUCAUGGCCAAGAAGCUGGGCAUCCAUACCAGCAGCUUCAACGGCUUCAUCCUGGGCGAGCAUGGAGACUCCAGCGUGCCUGUGUGGAGUGGCACCAAUGUGGCUGGAGUCAACCUGCAGAGUCUCAAUCCUGCCAUUGGUACCGAGAAAGAUGGUGAGAACUGGAAGGAGGUACACAAGAUGGUGGUGGACAGUGCCUAUGAAGUCAUUAAGCUCAAGGGCUACACUAACUGGGCCAUUGGCCUGAGUGUGGCCGAUCUGACUGAGAGCUUGGUGAGGAACCUGGGAAGAGUCCAUCCAGUCUCCACCAUGGUGAAGGGGAUGUACGGUAUUGGGAAUGAGGUGUACCUGAGCCUGCCCUGUGUGCUAAACAGCGGUGGAGUGGCCAGUGUGGUCAACAUGACCCCGACUGACCAGGAGGUGGCCCAGCUCAAGAAGAGUGCAGAUACCCUCUGGAGCAUUCAAAAGGACCUUAAAGACCUGUAACGCCUCCCUGUAGCAGCCACAACGCUCAUGCUCCACCCAGCCGUCUCGCACAUGCAAACUAUGUACACACACACACGGGGUGGUGGUGGUGGUCCAAGUUGGUAAUAUGGCUAAAACCUGAAUUCACAUUCCUUUGCAAUUUCUCAUAAGGUGUCAAAGUCCAGGUGGGGCAUUUUUACAUUUGCAGUGGACCACAGGGGGGCUCCUGCUUCUACCCUGUUGUGAAUAAUGCUGUUGUGUCUUUUACAGUAGUUUUUUGUUUGUCUCCCCCCCCUUGUUACAGCAAUUAAGACUAAUCAACGAUGUGGCUCCUAUUUUUAAAAGGGAAAAUGACUGUCAAGCGUGAUUGUGUUGCAAAUGCAAAAUGAACGUUAAAUAAACAUUGAACCAAA